UUGCGCCAGUCACAAACGUCAAGUGUCAGUCAUUGGAUGAAAACGAAAAGUAAUCGGCGGAAAAAUUUAGACGGAGCAAACGAAUUGUAUGAAUAUAUACAAUUGUUGCAGAAAAUAAAAAGAAAUUUUAUUUCUUAAGUGUUGUUUACUACAAAUGCGGUAGUUAUAUUUAGUAAAUAAUCAGCGAAACGAAUAUGUGCGCCUGGUGAAAAGUGUUUUAACUGGUAAGGAGAGUUUAGCCAGUUGAUUUUAUAUGGCACAACUUUAGAAAAUUGUGUGUGUUUUGCAAGUAGUAAUGUACACGUACAAAUGUAUGCGAAAAGCCUGGCGACCAGUCAGGUAACAAAUGCAAGUGUACUAUUCAUUUGAUCGCGCAAGGCUAUCCACUUAACUUGCUAAUCAGAAAUCACGUUACAUACCAAUUGGAAAUCGCUUAGCUGGCAUUGUAAAUGAUAUCAAAAAUAUUGUUUUUUUUGUAUGUAAAUGGUUAAUGAAAAUAUUGCUUGGGUUUGUGCGCAACUUCCGGUGCGGUAUUUAACAAGUGGCGAGAAUUGAUACUUUAUGCAUAUUUGUAAUGUGCGCUUUUGUAAAGAUACAAUGCAUGCUGUGGUGAUGGCAGAUGGCUGUUUAAGAAAUCAGUAUUUGCGCUUAUAAAGAAAACAAGUUUAAAUAUAUGCAGUUUCUUCUAGUAAACGCCAAAAUAAAUAGAAAUAUUGUGAUUACAUGUGCACAAAAAUGUCAAUGAGGGACGCACGUCAAGCGGUAUAAAGGAGAUGCAAUUAUAACUUACAACAUUUUGCACUGAAUGAGUUGAGUGACGACGACUACGUUUCAAGGCCUUCCAACAAACAACAACAACAACAGCAAUCGAUCUACAUUGCGCCAAUUCCGCUUCCCAUAUACAGAUUGAAAAUAUUAUUGGUCAUUUGCAUUUUAAUACUCCGUAACAUUAAGACAACCAAGCUGUUUCACGCUUAAUAAAUCGAGUUGAGAAAAACACGGCGAAAGAGUGGCAAAGUAUGCUGUGAAUAUUGAAGAAGUUGUCAAAAGAGAGCAGGCAAUAGAUCUGUUUGCGUACAUAAACCAGACGAAAUACAUAAAAUAAACUGAAACAAAAGAUAGAAAAAAAAUUGUAAAGAAACCGUUCAACGACUGCUCGUAUUACCCAUUGACCAAGAGACCUACUGAUGUGGCCAACUUGUGCUCACACAGCUGAUCGGCGGCGUGUUAAUCAAUGAGCGCCAAAUGACGUCGCUAGACUUGACUCAUUCGCCGAAGACGAAGUGCUAAAUAUUAAUUAAAUAAGCUAAUACGCGAAAUAGUUAAAAUACAAACACACAAUUGGUAAAAAUACAAAAUAUGAAAUAAAAAAAUAAAAAAUAUUAAAACAACAUUAAACCGCUGCCAACGUUCGUCGCUCACCGCUCGUUCGAUCGCGCAGUCAAUGCCAGCGUGUUCAGUGCACUAAAACGCCACGCAAACGUAAAAUUCCCAUGCUUUUUUAUACAACAAAUAAUAAUAAAAAAAGUAAAAUAAAAAGCCAACAAAAAUACAUUGCAAACACAACAACAGCAAAUCAGCAUUGAGCGUAAAAGUAAUAAAUUCUCAUUUGUAGCAACCGUAAAACGCAAACUAACAAAAUAAACACAGUAAAAAAACGUUGAGCUUAAAUUAAAAAAAAAGACAAAAAUAUAAAAUAAUUAAAUUUCAAUUCAUUAUUACUUAGCAAAAAUAUCGCCAGUACUGUUAUCUCAAACCGGAAGAAUUCUUAUAUCUACAUUUCGAGAGCUGAUAACGAUAGCUGCAUCACCUACACAAAAUAACGGUCUCAAAACGCGAGCACAGCCACCACCUACACAUUCACACGCCACCACAUCCACCGGAAAGCAUGUCACAAGUGCCAACGCAAUUCAAACUCACCCACACCGUACCGCCGUCAAGUUGAAUGCGCCAAAACGUGUGUGUUCUUAACCAUAAUAUACUAUAAUUUAUAAAAAUAUUCACCAUAAUUUGUUACUUCAAACCAUAAUUGUACUCUACACGCGUAUCUCUUUUGUUUUCCUCGUUUUAGUUCAAACACAAAUUUGGUUUGUGUUGUUGCGGUGCUCAUAAAUUUAAUUAACUAUUUUAAGCUGUUAUUGUAGCGAUUAAGUGCAAUUCAAAGAAGCAAAGGAGCUGCUAGCAAAAGUAAUUUGAAACAAACACAAAUUCAUUUACACAAACACCACACAUAUACAUACAUACAAACAUACAGAGUUGCGCGCCAAUAUGUCCGCCAUGAAUUUUACACGUAAACUGCGCGGUCGCAUGCGCUCCAAUACCUGCCGCAUCGUCUUGCUCACCUCCCUGGUGUGGGUGAUUGUGGAUUUUGUACUAAUCGCCCGCUAUUCGGAUUGCAUUGGACGCGACGGUUGGCGGUGUAAACGGCCCGGAGAGUAUGAUGUGGAGGUGCCAGAUGCACAAAGGCUUGUCGACGAACAAAAUAUGGUCGAUGACAAUGAAAUUAAUACAGAAAAGAGUUUGGACGGUGAUGCUGGCGGUGGUAAGGGACCGGGUGGUUUUGCGGGCGGCGGUGUUUCCAUGACAUAUCGCAGUAUACUGUUGAAGAAAUGGCAUUCAGCGCCAACGGUGAAAGAGGAGAAGGGCAAACAAGGCGAAUUGGGAAAACCAGUUAAAAUACCACCGGAAAUGAAGGAUCUGAUGAAGGAGAAAUUCAAAGAGAAUCAAUUCAACUUGCUGGCCAGCGAUAUGAUCUCGCUGAAUCGUUCGCUGACCGAUGUGCGGCAUGAUAAUUGCAAGAAGAAGCUUUAUCCAUCGAAACUGCCAACAACCUCAAUUGUGAUAGUUUUCCACAAUGAAGCGUGGUCAACGCUGCUCCGCACCGUUUGGAGCGUUAUCAACCGUUCGCCGCGCACCCUACUCAAGGAGAUUAUACUCGUGGAUGAUGCCAGUGAGCGUGAUUAUUUGGGUAAAAAGCUGGAAGACUAUGUGGCGAAAUUACCGGUGCAUACAUUUGUGCUGCGCACAGAGAAACGUUCCGGUUUAAUACGCGCCCGUCUGUUAGGCGCCGAGCACGUGACGGGUGAAGUCAUCACAUUCCUGGAUGCGCAUUGUGAGUGCACAGAGGGUUGGCUGGAACCGUUGUUAGCACGUAUUGUGCAAAAUCGUCGCACUGUGGUGUGUCCCAUAAUUGAUGUGAUCUCCGACGAGACGUUCGAAUAUAUAACCGCUUCGGACUCAACGUGGGGCGGUUUCAAUUGGAAAUUAAAUUUCAGAUGGUAUCGUGUUCCUCAGCGUGAAAUGGAGCGUCGCAAUAAUGAUCGUACAGCGCCAUUGCGCACGCCCACCAUGGCCGGUGGUCUAUUCUCGAUUGACAAAGAUUACUUCUAUGAAAUUGGUUCAUAUGAUGAGGGCAUGGAUAUUUGGGGUGGUGAAAAUCUAGAAAUGUCCUUCCGGGUUUGGAUGUGUGGCGGUGUGCUCGAGAUUGCGCCCUGUUCGCGUGUGGGUCACGUGUUUCGUAAAUCGACGCCGUACACCUUCCCCGGUGGCACAACGGAAAUCGUCAAUCAUAAUAAUGCGCGUUUGGUUGAAGUGUGGCUGGACGAUUGGAAAGAGUUUUACUACAGUUUCUAUCCAGGUGCACGCAAAGCUGUUGCCGGCGAUGUGAGCGAUCGACGAGCGCUGCGCGAACGUUUACAAUGUAAGAGCUUCCGCUGGUAUUUGGAAAAUAUUUAUCCGGAAAGUUUAAUGCCAUUAGACUAUUACUACUUGGGCGAGAUUCGUAACGGCGAAACGGAGACAUGUCUCGACACAAUGGGUCGCAAAUAUGGCGAAAAGAUUGGCGUCAGCUAUUGCCACGGCUUGGGCGGCAAUCAGGUGUUCGCCUAUACGAAACGGCAACAGAUCAUGUCCGAUGAUCUCUGUUUGGACGCAUCGAAUGCGAUGGGUCCGGUGAAUAUGGUGCGUUGUCAUAAUAUGGGUGGCAAUCAAGAGUGGGUCUAUGAUGCAGAGGAUAAAACGAUACGACACACCAAUACUGGCAAUUGUUUGCAACGUCCGUCACGCAGUGACCCGGUGACGCCGCUGUUACGCCCAUGUGAUUACUCGAAGGGUCAACAGUGGCUGAUGGAAUCUAAAUUUAAGUGGCAAGCACAUUAGUUGUUGUUGUUUCUAAUCAUGAUAUUUACAAUUAGUUAGAUAGAUAGUUGUCAUAUAUACAUACAUACAUAUAUAUAUAGAAAUAUAAAUUUUUUUACAUGUUAGUUAACUUUUUAUUGUUUCACACUAACAUUUGCUGAUACAUAUGUACUACUAUAACUAUAUAUACAUAUGCAUACACAAAAGUAUAUGCAUACAGACUUGACUUUUUUUUACAAUUGUACUAAAACACAUUUUGUUCUAAUUACUAAGCGAUGCGACUAUUAUAAAUUAUUGUAAAUUUCAUUUUUAUUUUUUUUUUUUAAUUUGUGCAAGCAACAGCGAAAAUUUCUAUUUCUAUUUCCAUUGAAAUAGUGUGUGUGAAAAAUAUAAAAAUAUCAAAUUAAUAGUAAAAAUA